AUGGCAUUGAUCGGGAUAUCAGAUAUAAACAAAAAUGAAAUAUGUAAAGAGGCAGCAAUAGAGUGGUUACAAUUGCAUGGUUGUGUUACAGCUUCUACAUCUCAUAAACAGCCUCCUCAAUCUUUUUCUUAA